CUCACAUGACACUUCAAAACUGCUGAACUUCACUUGAGAGUUAAAUAUUGAUUGGUGGGUGACAGUCAUAUAAAUGAAGUGAGAAACUGUAGUUUGUUGGUUGUUGCAAAGCAAGCAAGCACAAUAUUUGAGGGUAUGGAAGAAGAUAAGCAAAGCCUUAGGAGAGGGAGCAGAGUGCAUUUAUUGUGGAGUCAAAUUACAAGAGUAGUAACCAUUAAUAGAAACAAAAAUCUAAUCAUUAAAGUAUCAUUAGUUGUGACUUGGCCAAAUUAAGAUUAACUUUUGUCCUGAAAGGACAGCACUAUGUUUUGAUGGGAGCAAGGUAAUGCAAUGCAAUGCAAUGCAAUGCUGCCAUAAAUCAUAAUCUCUCUCGCCUUAUCACAUUCUCUCACUCUUUCACUACCAGACACUCUCGUACACACACGUUCACAAGGCCAACUGGCAAUAUUGAUUCAUUCGCAUAAAGAUAAAAUAAGAAGGCGAAACGAUUGUGCAAAAGGACAGAACCAGUUUACAAUUCUUAGACAAUUCCUCUCUCUCUUUCUUAUUAUUUUUUUUUUAUUUUUAUCAAUUCUCCUUUUACUCCUUUUCUUACUUGUGCUGAGAAGAAGAACUACAUAAGAAGCACAAGGGGUAAGAGACACAGGGAAAUAGAGCAAAGCAGCUGCUACCUCUAGCUCCUCUACCACUAUAUGAUCUUUCAUCCUUCAUCUUUCACUUGAUCAUAUUUCAUAUCAGACAUAUUGAAAAUCUAUUAAAACAACACCAACCUUGUUGCCUGAAGAAAGAAGGGUCGAAUGGAUUAUCAAAUAUCUUCUGCUUCACAAUUCAGUAGUGGUAGUGAAUCCGGUUGGACCCAUUAUUUGGACCAAUCUUCUCUUUCUGAAAAUUACUUCCAGAGGAGAAGUGGGGUGGUGGAGGAUGAAGGAAAGGGAGCAAGAAUGGUGGAGUCUGAGGAAGACUUAUCCAUGGUGUCUGAUGCUUCUUCUGGACCUCCACAUUAUGAUAACGAAUACUGUUGUCAGAAUUGGUAUCCUUGCCUUUCUUCUACAACCAAAGAAUCCCAAAAGAAGAAGGUCAAAGAAUAUGGCAGAAGUCAACAGUCUUCACCACUCGAUGACACUGCAAGCUCUCCGUUUUUCAACUAUCCCGUGGAGAGUCACAAGAAGCAAGACAGUUUCCCAGGGAAUGGAGAAGUUGAGAGUGCAUUGGAUUUUUCUCAAUGCGUAUCUGCGACAAGAAUGAAGAAAAAGACAAAAUUCCAGAAGCACUUGAGUUUCUUGGAGAGGUCUAUAGCUGGAAAAGUUGCCUCAGAGGAAGAAGGUGGUUUUGAUGAAGAAAGGAAAUGAGUUAUUUUGCUGUAGCCCUUGUCACUGUUGUUGCUGCAUUGCUGUGGAAAGAGAGACCAGAAGAAUGGAUGUCAAAGGAGAGAAGCUACUCAAUGUCUGGCAAAAGGAACUGCUUUUUCUUUUUCUUUUUUUUUAUUUUUUCAAAAUAUUUUAAAAAAGAAAAGCUCUUAUGUUGUAAUUUUACCUUUUUUUUUUAAUUUUAAUUUUUAAUCUACUCGUAUGCUACUGCCUAUGGUAUUGGGAGCAACCUAAGAGAAUAUAGGAAACUGAAUAAGGUUUGUGUCGUCCAUUUUCUUUUGUUGUCAUUAGUGGCAGGCAUCUCUGGGACCUCCCAGGUCGUGUUCUUUUGAUACUAUUCACAGACUCUUCCUCAUAUGGUAUUCACUAUUCUUCCUUUUUCUUCAGUAAUAAUAAACACAAAAGAAAACUGAAUUAACUAAUUCACCAAUGAACACAGCUAGCUAGCUAGCAAGAGAGGCAGAGAAAAAGGAAAAGUCAUUUCAGCACUGAGCAGCUUGAAGCAUAUAUCAAAUCCAAAGGCCUAGUAAUGAGUAGUGACCCACUUUAUUAAGUUGAGGCAGUGCCAGCCUAGCUCACAACCACUUUGGGUGGGUAAAUGUGGCAAGGUAACUUAGCUUCACACCCAAAAUGGACAAUGUAUCCAAAUCAAACCAAAAGCCAACCUUCAUUUUAGGAGCAACCCCACCACCUUGUCAAAACUAUUCCACUUCAAAUCUCAUCCCUACAAUUAUUGAACUUUUGUUUUUAUAUAUCAAACAAAAUCUUUUAUUCGUAGUUUUUAUAUCCUCAGACUCCUCCAACCAACUGCAUGGAUCUACUACAAAAUAACUCAGAUAUUUGGAAACGGACAAACUCAUUAUUAUUUCACCUGUCAUUCUUACUUUAUUGUGUACUAUUUAAUUAAUGUUUGUAAUUGGAAAUUACAGUGUUACAUCUCCUUCAAUGCCAACCAUGGAACACGCGAGAUUUAGAAUCCAAGACUCGCGUACCUUUCCAACUUAUACACCGAAUUAGAAAACGCUUAUUAUACAAAAUUAAGUUGUUUCCAGAUUCUCCCAAACACAAUUCCUACGCAAUUUAAAUAUAUUCUUUCAUAGAUGUAAACACUAAAAACAUUCUUCUAACUUUUAGAUGGGCGCUUGCUGUAACUAUUGCAUUGAAAGCUUUACAUACAUGCUCUCUCCUUCCAAUCAACGCCUCAACUUGAGUUUUCCGAAUAUAGUUUCAGUUUACUCUAUUUAUUUACUCCAUCCCAUCAAUAAUACACUAGGCAUGUGUAACAGCCUAUGUGCAAUUUCCAAAAUACUUCAGAGAAAAUCAAGGAAAAGAAAAUAACUUUCAAAUUAAAAGGAAAUAAAUACAACUAAAUCGCCCAAAAUCUUGUUAGGAAACGAACUAUUUUUACAUGAAAUUUUAAUUACAUAUUAAUCAUGUAGUAUGACAAGUGUCAAGAUUAUAAUACAUAAAAGCAGCCAAAAUUAAUAUGGGGAUUUGAUUAAGAAUAAAAGUACAGAACUUGUGUAAAUAAAAAAUGUAAAUUGAAGCUAUUACUAAUGGAACAAAAUUGAUUAUGAUAACACAAUACAUGAUUCUAGAUCCUCCCAACCAUGACGAGACAAAAAAGAAAAACAA